CUUGAAUAUUUUAAUAGCUUUUUUGUCUAAGAAGAUCUAGGUUUUAUAGAUAUUAUUGGGAAGAAACCCGAAGUAACAUCAUGGCGCGAAAGCGAAGAUUAUCAUCAGAUGGCGAAGAAGAAGCAGAAGUCAAUCAAGAAACGCAGGGGGAAUCACCUCAACCCAAGAAAAAACGAAUUUCAUCAGUUAGAAGUGUAGCACACGAGGGAAGUAUGGAAGAAGAUACUUUCAACUGCUCGCAAGCUCCAGAUUUUCCAGUUUUGUCGGUAAGAAUACAUAUAUAUUUUGAAAUAGUGAACAAAACGAAAGUAGAGUAAACUAACUCACAUACUGGUCCCACAUUAGCAGAUUAUAGCGAUUACACUAACAUGCAUCUUAAAUAACACAUUUAUUAAAGGUGUGGUGGAAAUCAGAGAGGUAUUCGAAAACUAUUGAGCCUGAUUAUCAGCACAGCGGUUAAAACUUUUAGCUGACAUAUAUUUGUUCUAAAGGUAUCAGUUUAACAAACAGAUUCCAAGUUGCCGUGCGUCUGUUCAGUAAUUGAUCACUGAUGACAUCAAAAUGUGGUAAGAACAAAAAAGUGACACACGAGGUGCAGCCAAGUGUGUCACUGAUGUUCUUACCACAUUUUGACAUCCUCUGUGAUUUAUUACUGAACAAAAAAAUUUAAUGUGCGGCAACUUGGAAUCUAUUUGUUUUAUAUAAUAAAGAAUUAAAAAAAAGUUUUAAUGAUGAUGUCAUCUAUAUGUCUGUCCUCCAAUAGAUCAUAAGUGAGAAUCAAUCAGAAUGUGUGCAUAACUGAGCUUAUUAUAUAAACUCUUCUCUAUUUAAUUAGCCACUUUAUUUCCUUGAAAAUACUUCCACAAAGUGUCCUUUUCCAUUUAUUUGAAUGGAAAAAUUUAAAACUUACCAAGAGUCCUUCAAAAGAAGUGGAGUAAUGCUGUAAGUGUUUCUCCUUAUAGAAAAGGAGUGAUGAAGAAUUUUCAAACUUUCCAAGCAGGGUUAUUCAAAUCAUUGCCUUUUUAUUUUGAAUUCUAGUUUUUUUUUCAAUGAUAAGCACCUCAUUAGGUGCUGAUUAGGUUCUGUUAACAUUCAUUUUAUAACUUUGCAGUCAGAGGCUGAAGUUGGAAUUAUUGAGAAGGUGACAUUAGUGAAUUUCAUGUGCCAUACCAUGCUGGAAGUGCCUCUUGGACCAAAUGUGAACUUUAUCAUUGGACGAAACGGAAGUAAGUGCUUUCGAAACAAGACCAAUUGUUGAUCACUCUUACUUUAUAGUGAAAACCAAGUGUAGCAGUGGUGUGAAUUUAUUAUAACCAGCCAGCGACUAGUUGACCUAUUACAGUGUUCUCCCCCAUUUAAGCAUGACAUGCAAAGGGAAUUUUUAAAUAAUAAGGCAGUCUUUCACCUGUUGAGUUUUUAAGAAUUUAAAAUGAUUUUAGGCAAUAAUGAGAGGUACUACCAUUCUUUUGUUGGUUUAUUAGUUGCAAAUAGAAGAUUUGAGAACCAAUUGGUUAUCUUUCAAACAGUCCAGAAAGGAAGAAAAGGUUGGAUUUUGAUUUUUCCAUGAUCUAUUUUCAAGGUGGUAAGAGUGCCAUUAUGACAGCUUUAGUAGUAGGAUUAGGUGGAAAGGCCACCACUACCAAUAGAGGAAAUUCUCUCAAAGGAUUCAUAAAAGAUAAGUGCAGGUGAGAAAUUUCUUUAAUCUCAAUGCAAACAGAAUAAUCAGACUCACAUUUACCCGGUUUCUGUGGAAUUCCCACAUGCCUUUGCCUGGUUGUUGCUAAGCUCUGGCUGCCAGCAAAAUUCGUCAGAUGCAAUCUUUGCACCACCUCACUUGAAAUUUCAGCUGGUAGCAUUAAAAUUCCUAGCUACAACCCUGCCUUUGGGGACUCUGGCAUCCCUCAACAACCUCUGCUCUAUCAUUUUAUGUGACAAUGACCAAAGGUAUAUGAAUCAGUCAAAGUCAUGUUUAUCAAAUGAUGAAGUACUUAGGAGUUGCCAUAGAGGAUAGUGGAGCCCAAAACUCCAACUGUGUGCAACAAAUAACCUUGAAAAACUUAUGAGUUGCAUCCAGCUAGGCAUCAUCACACUGCUAGCUUGAGGAAGACUGUACUGUAUGUUCUUAUCCAAUACUUGCCAAACUGGUGAAAGGGGAGGGGAUUGUUGUAGCAAUUUCAACAGUUUUGUGACCUUAACAGCUUUUGCUAAGACAUGGGGCUGACAUGGGAAGACAGAGUAAAUGUUACAUGACAGGCCUGUCCAGCAUGGUCUAAAUUAUUUUAAACCAAAUUAAGUAGUUUGGUCAGUUAUAUUAAGUCAUUUUUUUGUGUCUUAGUUACGCCCAAGUCUCAAUCAAGCUACGAAACAGAGGACAGGAUGCAUACAAACCAGAUGAUUAUGGAGAGUCUAUAACAGUGGAAAGAAGAAUCAGUAGUGAUGGGAGUGGAUCCUAUAAGCUCAAAUCGCAUGACGGUACAGAAAUAAAUAAUUAUCAGGCACAUUUUUGCUACUGUAAACAGGGGCUCACAAAUAUCUUUGAUAUUUUUUUGUUUCAGGUAAAUUAAUAUCACAGAAAAAGGAUGAACUUAAUCACAUUCUCGACCAAUUCAACAUUCAGGUAAACUGAAAUUGGGACUUCACUUAACCUUUGACUCCUAAGAGUGACUAGCAGCUAAUUUCUCAUUACAAUAUUUCCCCUGAAUGAAACAUUAAGAUCAUGAGAAUAUAGGAAAUGAUCUCCAACACAAGCAGCUCUUGAUUGUUAGGCAACUUCCCCUGUCAGAAGAUGAUUAAUUUCAAUUGUGUACCAGGUUGAUAACCCAGUAUCAGUGUUGAAUCAAGACACAAGUAGAAAUUUUCUGAACUCUUCAGAUCCCAAAGACAAAUACAAGGUAUGUGUUUUUGAACUUGUACAGGUAAUUGUAGAUUGUAGUAAAUUUAUCAUUGCUAUUGAUUUGAUUUGAGAAAGAGAUAGAUUUCAGAGAAGACAUCAAUUUGUAGCCUGGUAUUCAACUAUUUUUUUUUCUUGUUUGUUAGUUUUUCCUUAAAGCCACCCAACUGGAGCAAAUGAGUACAGAUUAUGAGAUGAUUAUUGAACAGCAAGAUAUCAUAAAAAAUACCCUGGACAGAAAACAAGAGGUACAUACAUACCACAUGGUUAACCUUACAUGUAAUUACCUUUGAAAAUACAGUGCUUGGAAACAAAAAUCACAUCAUUUCAACUCAUUGCAGACCCUUCCAGCUAUGCAGCAUCAAGUAAAGGAACUAGAAGAUAAAUACAAAGAUAUUGCACAAUUGAAAAAUAUGAAAGAGCAGGUUGAAGAUCUAAAGAAAGAGAGAGUCUGGGCAGAAGUUUUUGAAACUGAAAAGGUACACUGUUUGCAGAAUUACAGGAUUACAAUAUCACAAAAAUUUCAAGAUCAGAUCCCUAUUGUAUUAUUGAGUCAUAACUGGUGCAACCCUCAGAAAGUUUGCUCUAUGUAGCUAUUUUACUCUUGUUAAUUGUUAAUUUUUUCUUCUUCAUAAUCUUGUCCUUAUAUUGAACCAACUCCAACACUUCCAGAAGUGGUUUAAAUGUAACUUUUCAUAUUUUCAAUAUGUUUUAUAAAAUAAUUCAAAUAGUACGUGCGCUCUGAUUGGCCAUAAAACCAUUUUACAUGAGUGUAUGUAAACACGGUUUUCAUUCCUCUUUCAUUAGUUAUUUUAUAAAAGAAAUGUAAAAUGGUUUCUGUGUUUACAUAGCCUGAUGUAAACAUGGAAACCAUUUUACAUUUCUUCAAUCUAGUAGAGAAAUGUGGAGAAUAUACAAAUCUAUUAUCUGUUGUCCCAUCAACCUCUGACAUCCCCCAAAUUGGAACGUUCUUGUUUUGUGUGUUAGUGUGCAUGUUGUAAGUACCACAGUGUUCCCAAUGAUGAGAUCAUCCUUGCGCACUCAGGACUAGCAUUGUACACUUGUGCAUUUGUUAGUGUGCCGACAACUAAGGGACCCACUUUGCUGCAGUGUUAGCAAGGUGGGCUGAGGGAACAAUGACAGCAAUGUGCUGAAUUACAACAAGACUAGUGAAGACCUGUGAUUAAAAUGUGCUCUCUUGUUGUACUCUAGCAACUUGGUCCCCUAGCAAGAGAAGAAGAAAGUCAGAAGGCAAGGUUGCCAAGAUAUGAAGAAAGAGUUACAACUUGCCAGGUAUAAUGUAUGCAAAUUGUUUCACAUUGCCUCGAUAUGCAAUUGAUACUGGAAAAUCCUCUUCUUGAAUAUUGAAGUUUUAAUAACUAACGAAGAAAGUCCGAAGAGUGUUUUUUCUGCAGUUAAAAUGAAAACCUUUUUUCCAUAAAUCAGUUGUUUCUUAGGACUUACAACCAUGAGCAGGAAAGAGGUGUCUGUCUGGAACCUUUUAUUUGUGAAUUAGCUGUUUGGACAUUUUUAUUUACAUUAUUACAAUCUGAGAUUUAUGGAUUAUUUCAUUAAAGAAAGAAAUAAGAAACUUGGAAGAAGAGUGGGCCGAAGUUAAUCAGCAGUUCAAUUCCAUCACUCAAGAGGCCAAACAGUUGAAUGGAGAACAAGCUGCUAUAUGCAAUGAACUUAAACAAAAGAAAAACCUUUACAGAGAAAAACAGGUGUGAUUCCAUUGUUAAUGCAUUUUUUUUAUGGUAUUACACCUUUAUUUUGCCUUGUUUAGAUUUAGGCUGUUACAACUACGUAGAUAGAUCAGCACUGAACAUUCAGAAAUUAGUAACCUAGAAAAUGGCAAAAUAACAGUGACAAGAUAUUAAGAAUUUUCUCAAUUCUGGUAACCAAAUCUCAUGUAUGUUACCCAAAAAUAGGCAAAUGCUUGCUUUCAUAUAUUUUCUGAAGGCUUGAAUAUGCAUUUAUUUCAGUCCAGACUACGAAAGUUGAAGCAGGAGAAGAACACAUCAGAAAAUGAUCAAAAGCAGUUGAUGGAGAAAAUUGAGGAAAUCAGACAAACGUAAGUGCUUAGGGGGUUCCCACUUGAAGGCUGUGUUGUGAGAUCUCUUGAGUGCCAUUCCAGUGUCUAUUACUUAAUGUUUCUUGGGCAACUUACUUGACUUUGAAAGGGAAAAUUUAGGAAAUAAAGCAAAGGUACCUGUAUAGGGAGUUCCCAAUUUAGGAAUGUGCUGUAGCACCUAAGUGCCACUCCAGUGCCUUACUUUUUUUCUUGCCUGUUCAACUCUGCUUUUAUCAGAGCCUUUUCAAGAGCUGUGCACCCUAAAUAUCCAAGAUAAGAACCCUCAAGCACACAGUGAUGCUUCAAAGAGCACAAUUUUGUAAUCCAUUAUGUAGUGAAUCUCAAAAUUUUGGCUAAUUGGACAUCACAACAUACUCCUGGUAAUUGAUGUUAUUAUUUACCUCAAACAUGAUAAUUCUGUUCAUGUAGUUGAUACAUGGAGUUUUUGUUUAAUUUGUUAUGUCUUUUUUACAGAGCUAUGCGUGAUCUAGAAUCUGAGAGGAGGCAAAGACAAGACGCUCUUCAGCAAAAAAGAGAUGAGUUCAAAGCACUGGAAAGCCAGUUGUCAAUGACAAAUCAUCACAGAGGACAGCUGGAACAAGCUAUCAGCAGAGCAAAAGAAAGAACUUACCAGCUGAGGUAAGCUAACAAGUAACUUGUUAUAUCCAUGGGAGGUUUGUAGUAGUAAACUGUUAAUGGUUAUGGUAAAAAUUAGUGUGACUGUCAAUUGUUACACUGUAACUGAACCACACAGGCAGAUUUUGAAAAGUUAUGGAACAUGUAAUAUCAAGUCAAGCUGUUUUUUUCUAGUAAGAAAGGAUCACUGCCUUGGCUCAGUAAUAGUACAAGUCAUGUUUAAGUGCAUAGCACUACGCCUAUGAUGAAGUAUUUUUAGCAAAAAGGAAAUUCUUUCCAUUCCUUUCUGUCACAAGCCAGGAUAUCUCUGUUAUGAAGAAUUUGUAGGAUUGUUAUUGUGGGGUUUUUGGAUUGGCUGUUCUUUAUUUUUUGCGGUAAUAAAUUUUUUUCAUUUAUGAAAUCCCUGACAUUUAUGCAGGGUAUUAAUUCUUGCAGUUUGUUAGAGGGAAAAGUAACCUUCAGCAUUUAGUACUUGUUGAAUUUAAAGCACAUACAAUCAGAAAAUCCACAAAAAAGUGAUGCUCAGGCUUAGCAAAACUUUCAUAUUGCAUGGCCCAUUUUCCUUUUUUUGUUAGGUGUAUAUUUAGAAUAAACCUCUUUUACCAAUCUUUCUCUGCAGGACAGAUGUAAAUGAUGCAACUCAUAGAGCUGAUGCAAUUCAGAGACAAUUAAGAGAUCUUCAAGGAAGCCGUAACAACAAACUCAAACUAUUUGGGUCUUGGGUACCUGAUCUUCUCCAAAGAGUGGAGCAGGCAGAACGGAGAGGAAAGUUUCAUCAAAAACCUGUUGGCCCCAUUGGUAACACACUUUUUUUUUCUAUAUUUUUUCUUUCAAUAUGUUUUUUUAUUAUCAGUCAGAAGAAUUCAAAUCUUUGCUUGAACUAAAAUCAAAAUUCAAGAAAUCAGAAUAUUUCAUAAAUUUUGAUUUUGUGGUGAUCAAGUAACACAUUUAGUCUCUAGUUUCUCUCAACUAAGGGAUUCUAGAAUUGAUUCUUAACUGAAACUACAUUUAGUACAAGAUAUUUACUUAAGUUUUUUGUAAUUUAAGGAGCUCAUCUAACCUUGAAGGAUCAGAAGUGGGCUUUAGCAGUGGAAUCCUGCAUCAAGAAGUUUGGUUGGGCAUUCUGUUGUCAUGACAGUCAUGACCAGCAAGUUCUCCGCCAGCUUUUCCAGCAAGUGUGUGGAAAAGAUAACAUACCCACCAUAAUUGUCAGCAGGUUUCAGGUUUGUCUGAGAAAGUUAUUUUGUCUUUUAACUCAUUGCUGAGGGAUCAUAUUGGUGAGGGUGCCUUGGAGUGGUGUUGUAGGGCAGAAGGAUAAAUUUGUUAGUGUCCUCCACAAGGCAAUGUCCUGCAGGAUGUCUCAGUUGAAAAAUAAAACUUACUUAUAUUCACCUUUAGGAAGGAGAGGGAUAAGAACCCAAAUAGUUUUGCUCGACAGUGUAAUAUGGAGAGUAAUGUAAACACAAAAAAUGGCUGGAUCUUAACAACAGAGGUUUUAAGUUACUAGAGCCAUUAGGAACCACAGUUAUAUGACAUCAGUUAGAAAAUAAUCAUUCUUCUUUGUUAUUUUUGUGUACCUUUGUGGACUAUAGUGGUGGUUUCUCAUAAUUCUGUUUUGUUGUUUCAUUUCAGAAUGAGGUUCAUGAUGUUUCUGCUAAUGUAAGAGAAAUACAUCAAUUGUAACUAAUAACUACUUGUGGACAGUUAUUUUGGUUUCUUCCUUUUCUGUGGGUGAUCCAUUGACCUGAGAACAUUUCUAUGUCAAUCUUUGGUUAUUAAACAAUCCUUAAGUUUUCUUCUAAAUGAGUAUCUUAAAUCUCCAUCUUACAGGCAAAAUUUGCCCUUGAGAGCACCCACACAUACCUGUACCAUAAAUUACUAAGAGCAGUUAAAAAAUUAUUGGCCAUGAUUUCUGACAUAAAAAAAUUAAUAACUUGAAUUAUCAUCUUUGAUUUAAUUCAGAAACCCAGAUGUGAGUUUCCUACCAUUUUAGACAUGCUGAUUAUUGACAAUCCGGUUGUUACAAACUGUCUGAUUGAUCAGGUAAGCAGAACUGUCAGUACAUUUUUUGGAUGUACUUAGUUUAGCAAUUGUGUGAUCAGUUCAUUUCCACAUUGUUCAGGUGGAAGUAUAAUCCUGGCUUCCUCUCUGAAAAUAACAAUCACUGCAGAUCUUUCUCACAAGUCACUGAUACUUUCACUCUCAGGUUGCCAUAGAGUCCGUUUUACUCAUCGAAGACCCCAAAGUAGCACGUCAAGUUAUGUUUCAACGCCCUCCUGCAAAAGCUAGAAUGGUAAGUUUGGAUAUCCUGUUUUCUCCAGCUUAGACCCCCGUCUAAUCAUGUGAAUGAGUCUUUGCUCAAAAGAGCACACUUUUUACAGCCUAGAUCUGAUAUAUGCCUAUGACGACAGCAAGUUUUGCAAUUGAAACCUAUCUCACUUUGAAAUGUACAGUGUACCAGUACAUCUCUGAGGUGCUAAAGAGAGGUUCUGAUCACACAGGGCUAAAUAUAGGUUUGGCCUUUUAUGCUCAAGUUUUUGAAAUCUACAAAAGUAACAUAAUGGUCUUACUGGGUGCAGAAUUAACCCUCUCAAAAGUUAUAAUCAAUUUAUGAAGAAUCUAUUGUGUAACAUUUCAGGCUUAUGCCAUGAAUGGAGAUCAACUGCUUGGUGGAAAAACGGCCAGAUCAUAUGCAUCCAUGAUGGAUAAAGCCAGAUACUUACAGAAGGACAUUGAGGUAGAGAUCAGGUAGGUCAGAAAUUUAUUUGCACUCAAUGUACAUGACACACUAAAGUUUUCCAUUAAGUGUUGAUAUGAUUUUCUGUAAGGAAGUACUGGAACUGAUUUUUCUCCAAGCUUGUAUAAGAAAAUUUAAAGAUGAUUUUGGAGACCCGAGCCAGUUCUUAACUUGCUUGCUUUUAAAAGUGGAAGUGCAAGUUUUGCAAAAUGGUCUUAAAAACACUGAAAAUUGCAAGUGGAAGUGUGAGAACCAAUUUUCCUUCUCACUCUUAUGCUCACACUCAUGUUGAAGCCAUCGUCAUAGUAAUUAAGAUCCAUUAUACUUGAGUCACUGUUGGAAACUUAGCCUUGGAAGAUGGUUGUCUUGUCAAGCCAUUUAAUGAGAUCAACCAGAGGUGGUUGGAUAGUGUGCACAAAUGUUGCAACCUUUGCAUUUUUCAACCCUUGCAAACAGGGGGCUUUGUGGUGAAUUUAUUGUUUAUUUGUUUGUUUUACUUUGUUUUGCUUUUUCAGACAGUUAGAGCUGGAUCUUCAACACAAACAACAGCACCGUCAGCAGUGCCAAAGAGACUUGGAGGAAGUUGACAGAAUGAUCAGAGACAAUGGGGUGAGUCAGUGAUUAGUUUGUCUGGUCUUGAGCUUGUGAAGGUUUUCAUCAUGUAACAAAAAAACUGUGCUUUAACUGGCUUUAUAUCAGCAAAAAAAAUUGAAGGCUCUUGUUAUCACUAUUCCUUAGCCUAAAUAUGAUUAUUAACUAACACUUAAUUGAGUAAACAGUUCUCAAAAAGAAAACUCAUUUAACAGGCCUUACAGUAGUGUGAUAGCUUAAGGAAAUAAACUGCUCUUGAAAUAACUGUCCCUCAUGCCCUGCAUAACAUUUUCAAACACUUUGGUUAGUAUAUAGGUCCCCAAAUAGCUUUCUGAUAUAAGUUUCCUUGGCAUUGAAAAUUUGUUUUUACACAUCCUUGUAAGCAGUCAGCUGCAGUGAUGGAAACUUUUUCCAUCUUCCCAAGGAUUUCCACUGGUUGAGCUUAAACUGCAUAAACUCAUUUUUAGAUGAAUUUACAUAGUUAUCAAUUUUGCUAGAUGCAGAAAACAAUUCUAUUUAUGUGCAUAUUUUCCUAUUGUGUCAUAGAAAGAGCUUCACAAGGCAAAACAGAAAGCAUUUCGUGAGCAGGAAUUGGUCAACAAAGCCCUUGGUGUGAGUAUGGUUUUGAAAUAACUGUUUGCUAAUUAAAAUUCUAUUAAGAGAUUUUUUAAAUUUAAUGUUGCAAGAUUAUUUCCUUUUUAAAGAAAUUUAAAGCAAACUGUUUUAUUUGUACUUGCACUGUGAACAAAUUACAUCCUUGAUUUUACAAAAGUAUAGCAUUUCACUCUAACUAUAGGAAAUAAAAGAGCUUGAAAAUUAUGAAGAGGAGGACCUUCCAGAUGUCACCACAUUGGUAAGUUGGUCUUCUUUCUUAAAGGCUUUCUUGUCUAAGUAAGGCUUGAGUGAUUUCAGGCCUAAAUUUUUGUAUUCUGUUUGACUAUCAUUGUUUUCCAACAGAGUAAUUGUUGUUGAUUUAUCUGUUUUUUCCAGGAGGAAGAGGUUGAGCAUUACACUCAGCAGUUGGACGAUUUGGGGAAACAGGUUAUGUUACACAUCCAGUGAAUGAUAAUGUCAUAAACUGUUUACUGAGUUUCCAUUUGAACCCAUGAUAGUGUGACUUUUUUCAUAUUAAAAAUGAAUCCAACUGGGACCUGGCGUCUGCCUCUCUGUGAGCUUGUUAUGGUGCUUGGAUUGGUCCAGAACUAAACCCCUUGUGAUGCCUUGCAGAGGGUGACACACCUAUCUAAUGCCACAUUCAUGCCAACACCUCUGAAAGCUUUACCUUCAACAAGUUUUCUGUGGCAUUGGAAGGGGAAACAUUUGAUAGGUCCACCUCUCAAAGAACAGAAAUACAAUUUUUUUGAACAAAAAAGACUUUUUGAGAAAUAUCUUGUCAAGCUCAAACAUUUGUUUUAGGGUAGAUUUUAGGGUAGAUUUUAGGAUAGACCUUAACAGGUUUUUCUAUUGCAGACUGCUGAAGUUGAAGGAGAGUUAGAACAAGCACACACUGAACUGAACAAACAACAAUUGAAGGAGGCAGAACACAAGGAGAAAAUACAAAAUCUCUUAGACAAGGCUGAACCAUUAAGAGUGAGUACAAAUUUUGUUUAAUAUGUCAAGUUAGACUAAAAUUUUUUUGAGUUUGUCAUUUACCAUGUGAUAAAAUCGUCUUCAUCACUAACUAUCCUUGCUCCCUCAAUUUUUGCUUUAUUCUUUCCAUUUUGGUGAUUUUCUAUCUAUUGUGUGUAAACAAUAGUCUAAAGUGACUAGCACCUAACUUCUCCUUACAAUAUCACCCCUGAGUUGCACAUUAAGGUCAUGAGAAUACAGGAAAUGAUCAACAACUAAAUAAGCUCUUGUUGUUAAACAAGUUCUCCUCAUCAGUGUCUCAGGAAAUGUACAGAAAAUGUUAUGGAGAACAUGCAUACUGAUUUUACAAGUUAAGAGGAUGGCUUGAUUCUUUAAGCAAUUUUCAAUUGGAGAGUUGAAAGUAAUUGGUGAUUGUUUUGGUUUUCCAUUAGUUCAGUCUUUUAUUGGUGUAAAAAAAAAAAACUUGUGCCAUCCUAUUGAUCAAUCAUACACUACACAAAACAAAAACUAUAUGAGACUUGGUUGCCUGCAUUUUCCCAUGUUAUUGAUGGUUUGUCUAUUUUUACUUUAAGUACUCACUUCCUGAUGUCUGUUGUGAUUGCAAUGUACUUUGGUUUAAAGUUUUUCAAAAGUCAAUUGAAAACUGCUCCAUGGGCUAAGAAAAGAGUCAAGUAAAACCAUACCAAUUUUUUCCUGGAUUAUCAAAGUAUGAAUAGCCAACGCUUGACAUUACCUGAGAGAGGUCAGUUAUCAAUGUCUUAUUUUCCUUGCACAACUAAUAAGACUCAACAAAAUAGUAUUGAAGUGGAGAUUGAGACAAAGAAGAGCCACAAGAAACACUUUGAAACAAAGGUGAAGGAACUACAGGAUACCAUCAGAAAAGCAGAGAGGGAACAUGAAAAGAUGAAAAAACUUGUCAGGGUAAGGACAAGCACUGUCAGGGCUAUUGUCUUUUGAUCUUGGACAUGACAGCUUAUUUUCACAAUGCUUUCCUACACCUGGGAGGAAUUGCAUUUAUUUGAUAUUGACCAGUUUGCCAACGUCUUAGGUCACUUACCUAACAUCUCUAAAGUUGUUUCGCUAAUGUCUCCUUUUAGUUUUGUAAGUGAAAUGACCUAUGGGACAUUUGCAAACUGCCAUGAGACAUUAGGGAAAUGACCCAGGCUGUAAAACAUUAACGAACUGGUUAUUAGAAAAACAACUUGUAGGCAAAAUGUUUGCUUAGGAUUAGGGUUAGGGUUAAGUGUCUAGCAUGAAUGAGCAUCCCUUCUGCAACAAAUAGUAACUCACAUACUUGAUACAUGCAAAAAAGACCAGGAUUAGCCUUUUUUUGUCAAUUCAUAACUGUUACUUGUACAUGCAGCUAUUUGAGGACAUCUUGAUACUGGUAAUCUUAUAAAUCUUAUUGUGGGUAGCUCUUGGUGAUAUUCUUUUGUCAUGUUCUAUAACUAUUGAUUUCUUCAGCACCAGAGUAACAAGAUUCAAUGUUUGUUUUAUACCAAACGUGUAAUGACCCCCCUAGCUUUACUGAUGCAUUGUAAAAGAGUGCAUUUUUCUGUUUUUAAGACUAUUGUUUGUCAUUAUUCAGGUGAAGACUCAACAAGCCAGCGAGUUUUGUGAACAAGUUACAACAAAAAGACCAGUGAAAAGUCUUGAAACAGAGAUCAUUCAAAAAACCAAACGGAUACAGACAGAAGAACGAAAGUACACACACUUUUUAAACCUUGUGUCAUGAUGGGCAAAAUAUUUUUUUCUCUAUAUUUCUGAUGCAAAUGAACUGAAUAGUUGCUUGUACCCUUUUUCUCAGAGCAAUGUAGAGAUUUAAAUAAGUAUCAGCAAACUUUAAUACUAUUCUAUCAUAUCAAUAUAAAUUUGAUCAAAUGCUAAGUGGACUGGCAUACCAUUCAUGGCAGAGGGGGUGGUAGUAAAAUUUCUCCUAGUUGUUACAUGCUGUCAUGGUUUCAGUAACAGCCAGUUACUGGCAGUCUAUCACCGUCCAUACAACCUCUUACCACUGUCUUUUGAGCCUGAAUCUUUUGUGUUUGGGUUAUGCCUUUGGGCCCCCAUUUUAGAUACAGCCAGCUAUUACACCAUUGUCAGCUGAUAGUUAUAAAAAUCCCUGAAUAAACAGCAGUUGAAUGGGCCCCCAGCUUCCUUCUCCUUACUCUCAUGUGAGGGUUGUUCAUGAUUUUUUUUUGUCUUCUUUUCCUUCGCCCUCUCCCAGCAAGGGCAGACAUGAGGAUAUAACAAGAGAUUACUUUGAAGCAAAGAAACGGUAUGAAGGUAUUAUGGAGUCAUUGAAGAAUCUAAAAAGAUACAACAGGGUGAGUUUCCUCCUCUGAAUUGUACAGUUUUCCUCUUCAGGAAUAGUUAAUUCCAGAAGUGAUUAACAUGUAACUUCUCCCAAUAUUAUCCAUACAUUAUAUAGCAAGCAAGCAGUGAGAAUACUUAUACUUAUCACAUAGAAAUUGCUUGUUUGAUCUAACAGCAAAUUUUGUGACUAAUUCACAAAGAAAUGUGAAAUAAAUUAUCACUUCACAACUGGCUAUAUUUGGAUUUGUAGGGAGUAAUCUGUAAUCUAUAUGAUAAGCUGAAUUAUGCACAUAUUUUGAUUGGUUCUUAUGAUCUGUUAGAGGACAGAUGCAUAGCUGGUGUUAUCAUCAACAGUUUGUUGCUUUUUUAAGAAAAAAAUAUACACAACAAAAUCAAAUAGAUUUCAUGUCUGUUCAUUAAUAGAUCACAGAAGACAUCAGAAUGUGCCAAGAAAAUCAGUGAUGCACCUGGUGUAUCACUGAUGCUCUUACUACAUUUUGACAUCCUCUGUGAUCUGUUACUCAACAGAAUCUAUUUGUCAAAUGAAGUCGUUUAAAUUAAUGUUAGCAAUAUCGGUGUAGCUAAUUAGUAAGGAAAAGUAGUUAUAUGGCAAUACUUUGAUAUUUUGAUCAUAUCACUUUUCCUCCAUACUUGUAGCGCCUGAAGGCAGUCAUGGAGCAGAGAGCUAAAGCAUUCAUAAAUUACAGACAUUACAUUGCUAUUCGUGCCAAGUUCUUCUUCACGAUGAUGCUCUCUCAGAGAGGUUACAGUGGUAAGAUGGCUUUUGAUCACGGAAGUGAAUCGCUAAGCCUUCAGGUUGGUUAAUUUUUAUGAUUUCUAAUUUUCUUCACCUUUUUUAUUGAACUUGUAUAACAAGGUUUUUUAUAUGAAGGCUCCGCUUCAUGCCUUGCUGUAAGAGCCUUGCAUGUAUGGGAAUUGAUGGGCUAAUUGUCAUGUGACACAAGAGAACAAACUGAAGCAAGGAAAUCAACCUACAAAUAAAAACACUGUUUGAAUGUGUGAGCAUGAUUUGUGUGGGAGUGAUAGAGUCAAUCACAACAUCAUUGCAAAACUGGCCAAACAACUUUUGGCCCACACAUAUUUUGAAUAAUUUUCAGUUGACUGUCAACAGUAAUCUGCUUUGGUUUUUUACUAAACUUUGCUCUGUGAUUGGUCCAGAAAACUCACACCAUCCUCUCCACCAAUCAGAUGCAAAACUAAAAAGAAUCAUGUUCACAUUUUCUCACACUUCAAGCACCUUGCCUGUUUUCACUUUGAGUUCUCAUUAGCUAAUGAUAAUAUAAACCUUUGUUCUAAUUGGUAGUCAAUAUUACUUUAAUCAAUUUGGGGUUUUCAACACAAUUGUAAACAGCUAUAACAUUUUACUACAAAACAACUCUGCAUUAGGCUGUGAUGAUGUCAAUGCCCCUGACAACAGCUCUCCACUCAACCAGAUGAUGAUACCGUGAUCAAAUCAGCCACUUUUACAAGCUUCAUGAUAAAAAAAAUGGGUUGAGAUAAAGAAUUUGUUCAACGUUAGGCUUCAGAAUACUAAACAUUUUCCGAAUUUUUAUAGGUAAAUGUUGAACAGGGCACCAAACGGGUUGCCAAAGAUACCCGUUCAUUAUCUGGAGGGGAGCGAUCAUUUUCCACAGUUUCAUUUAUCAUGGCCCUAUGGGAAGCAAUGGAGUCGCCUUUUCGAUGUCUGGAUGAAUUUGAUGUCUUCAUGGUGGGUGAUUUACAAAGCAAAUGGUUCUUUCUACUUAUUUUGGGUAUUUGAUUUGUAAAAUAAAUUAAGGUCAUUCUCUUCAGUAAACUUCCCCAUUAAGGCCAUCUUGGAGAGGGAGCAAAGUGGUCAUAGUUGUCAAAUGCUGUAGAUGUUUGGAAAACUUCUGCCAAUCAGUUUGCUGCUUGCAAUUAAACAUGUAGUGUAAUAAAAAGCAGGUUUUUUCCUGAAUAAAUAGUAUUCAUUUUCUGACAUUCAGGACAUGGUAAACAGACGGAUUAGCAUGGAAAUGAUGCUAAAAGUUGCUAAAGAACAACAAGAAAGGCAGUUCAUUCUUCUUACACCCCAGGAUAUGAGGUAAGAUUUCUGAAACAUUAUUAAGUUUUUACAAAUGCUAUUUGGUCCUGUAACCAUUCCAAAGGUAGUCUCAGUCAAUCAGUCUUUAUUUUCUCACUGUAACUAGUUGGUUGUAUACUAUGAAAAUGUUCGUUUCCUUUAAUUUUUUUUUACACUUCCUGUUUCAUUUCUUCCAGUGCCAUUGGAAGCAGCACAAAAGUAAAAAUAUUCAGACUUCUUGAUCCUGAAAGAGGACAGACUACAUUAGACUUUCCUCCUGCCAAGGCUUGA